AUGGAGGAUACAAAUAACACCACAGGAGUGUAUUUCAUUCUUCUAGGUCUCUUUAACCGCACACAAACCCACCAGUUCCUCUUUUCUAUGGUGCUCAUAAUCUUCUUUACCUCACUGAUGGGAAAUGGCCUUAUGAUUCUACUGAUCCAUGCGGACCCACGGCUUCACACACCCAUGUACUUCUUGCUUAGCCAGCUUUCCUUCAUGGACAUGAUGUUGGUGUCCACUAUCGUUCCCAAAAUGGCAGCCAACUAUCUGAUGGAUACUAAAUCUAUCUCUCCCAUUGGCUGUGGAGCUCAGAUCUUCCUUUUCCUCACUCUUGGAGGGGGUGAGUGCUUCCUCUUAGCAGCUAUGUCCUAUGACCGUUAUGUGGCCGUAUGUCACCCACUACGCUACCCCAUUCUCAUGAGCCAGAGGCUUUGCCUACUCAUGACAGUAGGUUCCUGGCUUUUUGGAGGAAUUGAUGGGCUAAUGCAGGCUGGUGCUACACUGAGUUUCCCUUACUGUCACUCAAAGGAAAUUAAUCAUUUCUUUUGUGAGGCACCAUCAUUGGUGCGUCUUGCCUGUGCUGAUACUACAAUUUUUGAGUUUUUCAUGUAUAUCUGCUGCAUCCUGAUGCUUUUGAUCCCUUUAUCUCUCAUUUUGACCUCAUAUAGCCUAAUCCUGGUGGCAGUGCUCCACAUGCAGUCAGCUGCAGCCCGGAAGAAAGCGUUUACAACCUGCUCCUCUCACCUAGCGGUCGUGGGACUCUUCUAUGGCACCCUCAUGUUCAUCUACAUGAGGCCCAAAUCUUACCGUUCAGUUGACCACGACAAGGUGGUAUCAGCUUUUUAUACUAUAUUUACCCCUGUCUUGAACCCCCUUAUAUACAGCGUAAGAAAUAAGGAAGUGAAGGGAGCCUUGAGAAGGUGGCUGGUAAAAAGUUUUAUGUGUUACAAACUUUGA